CCCUAGCUGUGUGUGUGUGUGUGCGUGUGUGUGUCUCUCUCUCUCUAUUGUUUGUUCACCAAUUGGCACACAGGAGGAGUGAUUGUCAGGGGAAUGUCUUUGUCUCCUGAGCGCUCAGUGAUACAGAAGCCAAUAUUUAUUGAAUUAUGUUCUGUCUACCUCUCCUGUGAGAAACAAUCAACCAUCUCAUUUCACUCUGAAGGGCCAAACAAAGAGACGUUGAACUUUGCAAACGUACAAAACAUCAUGUUCUGUUCUCUGCAGAGAAAGUAAACCAGGGUCGUGUUCAUUAGUGCACACCGUAGAAAAAGGUUAUGCAACUGAAAGCGAAAACAAACAUUUCCUUUUUUCCCCCACAUAUUUGAAUUCUAUAUUUUUCCAGCUCUGUAGUCAGCCCCAAAAAUGAAAACGAAUGUUUCUGUUUGGUCAGGCUCAGGGUUCCUCUUCCUGUUUCAUUCUGGUGCCUAUUGAAUAUGACCCAAUGUUUCUGUUUGGUCAGGCUCAGGGUUCCUCUUCCUGUUUCAUUCUGGUGCCUAUUGAAUACGACCCAAUGCUUCUGUUUGGUCAGGCUCAGGUUUCCCCUUCCUGUUUCAGUCUGGUGCCUGUUGAAUACGACCCAAUGUUUCUGUUUGGUCAGGCUCAGGUUUCCCCUUCCUGUUUCAGUCUGGUGCCUGUUGAAUACGACCCAAUGUUUCUGUUUGGUCAGGCUCAGGUUUCCCCUUCCUGUUUCAGUCUGGUGCCUGUUGAAUACGACCCAAUGUUUCUGUUUGGUCAGGCUCAGGUUUCCCCUUCCUGUUUCAGUCUGGUGCCUGUUGAAUACGACCCAAUGUUUCUGUUUGGUCAGGCUCAGGUUUCCCCUUCCUGUUUCAGUCUGGUGCCUGUUGAAUACGACCCAAUGUUUCUGUUUGGUCAGGCUCAGGUUUCCCCUUCCUGUUUCAGUCUGGUGCCUGUUGAAUACGACCCAAUGUUUCUGUUUGGUCAGGCUCAGGUUUCCCCUUCCUGUUUCAGUCUGGUGCCUGUUGAAUACGACCCAAUGUUUCUGUUUGGUCAGGCUCAGGUUUCCCCUUCCUGUUUCAGUCUGGUGCCUGUUGAAUACGACCCAAUGUUUCUGUUUGGUCAGGCUCAGGUUUCCCCUUCCUGUUUCAGUCUGGUGCCUGUUGAAUACGACCCAAUGUUUCUGUUUGGUCAGGCUCAGGUUUCCCCUUCCUGUUUCAGUCUGGUGCCUGUUGAAUACGACCCAAUGUUUCUGUUUGGUCAGGCUCAGGUUUCCCCUUCCUGUUUCAGUCUGGUGCCUGUUGAAUACGACCCAAUGUUUCUGUUUGGUCAGGCUCAGGUUUCCCCUUCCUGUUUCAGUCUGGUGCCUGUUGAAUACGACCCAAUGUUUCCGCAACUGGUUAAUCUUUCCUGAAUUGGAUGGCAUUGAAUGAGCACGAAAGCUGAAAAGCUGAACAAUGUCUCCUUUCUCUCAUGGACAUUACUUACCAAUUGACAGAAUACCAGAUUUCUUAGCUAUCAUUUUUGUACAGAUAGUUACAUAGUAUUUACCUACUUAUUUCAAUAAUGAAAAACCCUAUAAAGCAAAGAGUAGCCAUUGUUUUCCUUCACAAAGGCUUGUGUUUAGGAGGCAUGAAAAGCAAAAACAUUUUUAAAUAGGAAAAAUAAUCUUAUUGAAUUCUUACUGGUUAUACCGCCUCUGCUUCACGUUGUUUUCUCACGUUCCAUGCACACUGAACACCACCCAGGACAAGUUUAAAUGUUUAACAGAGCUUAUCAUAUCUAGUAGUCUGUAUCAUAUAAAUGUAUAUUUUAGCACUUCGGGUUUGUGAGAAAGUAUCUUGCAAAUAAAAUGCAUUACCAUCAUCAGCAUCAUUGUCUGUAUUGGUUACGUCA